GGAUGAAUUUAGAAUUGAUGGAGAUAGUUUUAGGGAGACAAAAGGAGGACAAAGGCCUUCGAUGCUGUAAAUUGUAAAUUUACUCGCUCCCGUGACCGACGUUUCUGACCCAGCCCAUGGGGACGGCGGCGCCGGCGAUGAUGCCGACGGAGGACCUUGAGGCAGCCAUCGCCGAGCUCCCUGCCAAGAAGGGCGUCCUGCGCGAGGCCUUCCACACCCUCGCCGCCUGCUCGCCCUACCCGCUCCCCUUCACCUGGGAGGACCUCGAUGCCCACGUGUCCUCCGUCCAAUCCUCCAUCUCGCGCCGGUUCAGCCAGCUGCGGGCGCUCGAGGCUGCGGGCACAGCACGCAGUAGUAAGAAUAAGGAAGAGGAUAACGAGGUGGAAGAAGAGGAUGAGGUGGUGGAGGAAGAGGAAGAAGAAGAGGAAGUGGAAGAGGAGAUGGUGGAGGAAGAUGAAGAGGAAGAGGAGGAGGAAGAUGAGGAAGAGGGGGAGGAAGAACAGGAGGAGGAAGAGGAAGAGGAGGUGGUGGAGGAAGAGGGGGAGGAGGAAGAGGGGGAAGAAGAACAGGAGGAGGAAGAGGCCGACGACGAGAUUGACAAUCAAAAGGAGGAAGAUAGAGAGGGCGGCGAGGAUAACAAGCGGGAUGCUGACGAAGAGACGCUGACUACCAAGGUCUCUGCAGGGCAAGGCAAAGAGACUGAAGGUGAGGAGGAGCUUGAUGGGUAUGCACAGGGGGAUGGAGAGGAGCAGGGUACUGAAGAGGAGGAGAUGGUCGAAGAGACGACUAAGAAACAGCUUAGAGGGCUUCCUGCAGAUGGGAGAAAGGAAUUUGUAGAGGCAUGCAAGAGAAUGGAUGCAGAGACGCUGGUCGAGUUCGUGAUCUGUUUCAGCAUCUCUAGUAAGAAGUUGCUGUCCGCAAUGCACCAUGCCCCAGAUCCGGCGGCACUUGUCCUUCAAGUGGUCAAGCUACUCGUAUCCAACAAGAACUUCAGGUGCUACAAGGUCUGGGUGCAAUGUAUCACACUAUUUCGUUGGUUGUCUAUGAAAUCUGCCAAACAUUCUGCAGACACAACAGAGCAGGCCAAGCUGGUGGCGAAGGAUUGGAAGAAAAUGAUUGACAACACAGUGUGUUGUAGGGAACUUGACACGCUGUCUAGGGGUCUUCUCCAAUUUCUUAUCGCAUAUAACAUUGUAUCUGAAUUCAAUAUCCAUGAUAUCAUCAGUAUAUUUGCUAUGGUUCGCAAAGGUUACAAGAAUAACAACAUUGCCAAGCUUUGCGAGGAUCUUGGGCUUGCAGACAGGGCCACAGGUUUAAUUGACUAUAUGAUUGGAAAUGGGCAGCAUCCCGAAGUUUUUCAUUUGGUACAAAAUUUUAAUUUGGAGGACAAGUAUCCUCCAUUUUCUCUUCUGAAGGGAUACAUUCAGAAGGCCAAGCAGACUUUUGUGGAGAUGUUUAAAAAGAGUCAAACACACGAGUCCUUGAUUUUUUUAGGGUGGGAAUGCAUACCUCUUCCAGGAUGCUGAGGUCAUUCUUUCCCAUAACUGGGCUAUACCAAAGGAACUAUGGAUUGCACAUUAUCUAGCUGAGCAGAAACUCACUGAUUCUAAGCAACGCAGUGCUAUCAUGGCAGAAAUUAAAUAUUUGAUGAGUGGAUAUGAAAAGAAACAAAGGUCAGAAAAUCUCUCAACAUGGGCUUCACAGCAUCCGCCAACGGAAUCUAAAAGGAGGAACAGGAAGCGCAAGGAGGAGGAGCAGGAGCACCAUGAAGCACAAUACAACCAGCAGCAGCAGGAACAGAAUGAAAACAAGUUAAUUCAAGGAAAGCGGCAUCAGCUGCAUCAAGAAAAUAUGGCGCAAGUGACACAGCAGCAGCAGCAGCAUAUGCAACCGACAACAAGGCCAGCUACUCUUAAGCUUCCGACGCCUGCUAUUCCUCUGGUUCUGAAUGCAGCUCAGAUCCAAAACUUUGCGCGUCCAGCUUACGCCGCUGUGCCUGGAGUUCACAAUUACCCUGCCCAGCCAGGUUGGUCUGCAGCUCAAGGAAGUCCAUUCGUACCACAGUUCAUGUCACCGCAGUAUAUGGGCCUGCCAUUUAAUCCCUUUGGCCUUCAUCCUACUUGCUAUCCCAGACGCAGAUAGCGUAGAGAGUUCUGGCGUUCCGCGUCCAUUUGCUGAGUGAAACUGUGGUGAAGCGUACAAGUUAUAUGAAACAGACCGGUAUCGGUUAACUGGUUUUGUGUUCGUUUGUUAUGCUGUCUGAUGGUUCCUUUUCGCGACAUGGUGAUUGAUCACUUUGCAUUGAUUUGUUGUUCAGCCAAGUGGUGGAAUGCUUGGUGCUUGCAAUCUGAAAUGUACGCACGGUAACAAGAAUUGUAGUACUUUUCAAUCAAUUACAUAAUGGCAUUUCGAAAUA